GAAUGACGUAAACAUGAGACGUCAUGAGCGUCCUGCUGCCCAACAUGGCGGACUUCGACACCAUCUAUGAGCUGGACGAGGAAGAAGAGCGUGUUGUGAGCGAAGAACACCUGGCUAGAUAUUGCCCCGAGCCCGUGAUUAUGCGAGGGGCUGGGCACAUCACCGUGUUUGGCCUCAGCAACAAAUUUGACACCGAAUUUCCUUCAGUUCUCACAGGAAAGGUGGCUCCAGAGGAGUUCAAGACGACCGUGGGCCGGGUGAACGCUUGCCUGAAGAAGAACCUUCCGGUGAACGUGAAGUGGCUUCUGUGCGGCUGCCUGUGCUGUUGCUGUACGGUGGGCUGCAGCCUAUGGCCUGUCAUCUGUCUCAACAAGAGGACAAGAAGAUCUAUUCAGAAACUGUUAGAGUGGGAAAAUAACAGGUUGUAUCACAAGCUGGGUCUGCAUUGGAAACUCAGCAAGAGGAAAUGUGAAAGCAGUAACAUGAUGGAAUACGUUAUUCUUAUAGAAUUCUUGCCCAAAUACCCUAUAUUCCGACCAGACUGAGGAGGCCGGGGGGCACUGUCCUGUUGUGUGACCUUUCAUUCCUACCCUUAGUGCCUUGUAGAUAUGUUGGAUUGACGGUCUACACUGCUGUGUCGUGAUACCCCCCCUCCCCCAUCCCAACCAACCCCACCCCUCUGACCUUGUACAGUAGAAUCGCUACACUGUCACUUUGCUUUAGAGCACAUUUUGCACAUUUCCUGAUAUGGUAGUAGAUGCUCCUAUUUGUUGAGUUUUUAUUUGUUAGUUUUAACAAGCAAGGUAAUUUGCCGCUGGGUGCUGAUAGGUGCUGAGAAGUGAAAAAGAUAAUACCACAGCGUGCGUAUAUCCCAUCUCGCUAUACAUGUACACAUCUCUCCCCAGCGCUCAGUAAGCCGCUAAGCCAACAUCGCGAACCUCACGCUGAAGCCUGAGGUCUUUGGAAAGAAUGCAGCACCUACAGGUGGUUGUGCACAGUUGCCUUAUGAGAAACCGUUGUACUGAGACAUUCAACGGCAGACGUGUCGCCGGUCAGUUAGAAAGGAAUAGAAAAGGGUUUGCAAGUACCACCUGCUUGCCAGUUUGCGUUUCCUUUCAUCUUAUACAUUUUUUUUUUUUUUUUUUUUUACUAAAUUGCAAAGUUAACGUAAAGGAGGAGGAGGAGGAGGUGGCUGGAUUAUUCUCACAUUUGCUUGUGGCAGCACCAUACUUUCUCCUGCACUUUGGAAAUGACCUUCUGUACAGGGAAUUUGAGAAACUAUCCUGUAAAUAUCACUUUAAGACAAGAUGUACAGUGUGGUAUGCCAUUGUUUACAUAAUGUAAUAUAGCUCAAUUUGUUUUUGCCAAGAUAUUAUUAUUGUACUAUAGAUUUGUUUAUGAACGAUGUUUGAGUAACUUUCCAGUUUGUACGGACCUGUUUACCUAGUAAGCCAUAUGAUUGCGAUGUUCAUUAAUGCCAGUGUGAGGACUGAAAAUUGCACUUGAGCACGUGGAAAUCCAGAACUAAAGUGUAGUAUUAUUGAGGUCUGGAUUCAGUGUGCUUUACAAUGACACUAGUGGUAUAUGUUACAUGUAGUUUUUGCCAACUAAGGAAGAGAUGACACUUAAGACAAUUUUUUUUCUGAGUAAAGUUGUUCAUUUCAAAACUGAAAUCCGUCAUACAUGAUGACCUUUUAAAAGCAGAAUAUUCACUGCACUUCUUUAUUUUGUUUCAACAAUUCUGUGUAGCUUAGUUUUCAUUUUUGUAUAUUUUCAAUGCUGUACUUUUUUUUCUCACCGUAGCUGUGUUUUAUGCAAGUAGAAUGUUACAGGUUAAAUAGUAACUUCACAGAAAAUCUGAAAUUUUAAUAUCGGUGUCUCAGAGAUUAGUACGUAUGUGAGUUGCAAAGAAAUCAACCAGUUUCACUGUGGACAAAUUUGUACACACUGAUGUACAUUUCUCUGUUAUAAAAGACACUUUUGUAAAAUGAACAGUUAAAUAUUUUUCAGCUUUUUUUCAAGUUUCUUAAUCAUUUUCAAUUUUAGUCCCUUCUAAGAUUGGGUGAAAAAAGUAAAUGACAGCAGUUAUUUUAAACUUUCACAGAGGCGUACGUUUUAUGGUGAGUGAACUUAGGUACAUUUAAUACUGUUGAAUAUGAAUGUGCUUUACAGUCACUUAAAAACAUCACUAGACCCAAAUUUUGCUUGGUUUAUGGUUAGUGAGAGAUCAGCAUUAGCUGCUGUUGUGUAGUAGUGCGUAAUUCAGAGCAGUGUACUUCAGCUGUUGAGCCCCUGCUCAGAGGACACUUAGGGAAAGGGGUCCUUGCGUUUCCAAAUUUUGGCAAGGAAAAAUUGGUGCCCCCCCCCCACGCAAGCUUUUUAAAUGAGAUGAGGCACCAUCAAUUCCAGACUAGCUUAUUUCAAUAAGAUAAGUCCAUUUUUUGCAUAUGAAUUUUCAUGGAACCGCGACAUAAUACUGUCGGUGUUCGCUGAAAUGAGUAGGUUUUUAAAUAUAUAUUUUUAAACUAUCGAUAAACACAAUAGUAAAGGUAUCUAUUUCAACAUAAAAUGAGAGAUUUUUUGUGAAGUUGCUCUUUAAGGUUAUGUUUAACCAUACAUAUCACUUGUUAUGUUCAGUGUUAGUCAAAAUGGCGGGAUUAAGACUGAUCCCUGAGUUGUUUCUUAAGAGAGCGGCGGUGCGAGCGAAAGUGAACUUAAGAGUGAAAUUUCCUGUCUUAACAGUGUGGAGGAGGGUCGAUUACUUUUCAGCGUCUGUCCCGUUCGAAAGUACUUGUAAAUGUUUAUCAUUACUCAAUUCUCCAGGAAAGUGGAAAUAAAUCAUUUACUUUGAAUGUUUUCCACAUUUGUUAUGAUCAGUAAGUGUUGACAUUGUUCUGAUUUUGUUAAGUUUUUCCUGUUGAAACUGAGGAGAAAUUUAGAGUACUGUUGAUGGCACAGACACCAAAAGUUUGCCUGCUAAGGUUAAGUUUAGUACAACAAAGAAGUGUUUGAUCAAAGUGUUUGAUCAAACCGUGAUCCUGAUCAGACAAAUAGAACAUUGGCUUUGGUUACCUCUCAGCUGUCUUCUUCAGCUGUUUGAAUUUUACCUCUGUCCUGUUACUUCAACAUAUUGUGGUUUAUAAUUCCUUUGUCAUGAAAAGAAAACUACGUAUAUAGAGAUAAGCAACAGAGCUCACAACAGUAACAAUUUUAGUGCAAUCUUCAACUGAAAACAAGUGAAAGAUGUUAAUGUCCAAAUAGUGCUCGUACAAUUAUUGACCGCAAGGUUUCAAUGUAUUUGUUUUGGUCGGUCCAAAUCGAAUUCCUGUUACAGGGUUGACAACAUAAUUUUAGGUAGAAAAAUGGCAAUAACAAAUAUUUGCUGACAAUAUCUGAAUAUCUAUAAUGCGUUCUGUAGCAUUUUUAUAAUGGCAUGAUGAACAAAACGCUAAUAGCAGUAAGACGUCUAUUUAGCUUCAUAUUAUGUUUUUUUUUUUUUUUUUGUCCAUUGUUGACACAACACUUAUGGCAUCUUUAUGGAGGUGUGCUGCCUAAUCACAUGUUCAUUGUUUUACCACAUUACGGCUUGAAUUGAAAGUCAAUACGGUUGGUUGGAAUACCUAAACUGGAGUUUGUACAAUUCAGUUGCAACCAUCCAGCACUUCUACAUUGUACUUUGUGUGUCUGAUUCAAGCCCGGUGGAACAAAUGUUCUAUUCAAUGUCAUUUAGGCCACAGCAGACUCAUCGUGUGGGCAAAAUGUAACGGAACAGGGUACUUGGGGGAAUGUGUCUAAACCACCUGUCACCUGUGUGCCUGUGAGAUGGAAGCCACAAUUCUCAUUGAAAAACUCUUAAUAAAAUCUGAGGGAGUUGCAUACCGA